AAUAUGGACCACCGUUUCUUUUCAUCGCUAUGCGCCUUUCUACUAGUCGCAGCUGUUUGGGGGCAAACUGAAACCGAACAACCAACAACUGCGACCACCAAGCCCCCGCCUACAACCACCACGGUGGCUUCAACGAGCGUGGCUUGGGAGGCGGAGACACUGAACGAGGGCCAGGCCAUACAGAAGGCGCUGCAGUACCUCCUGCAGCACCGCCAGCCUGACUGGGGCUGGGGGAACGACACGCACCAGGUCAUGUUGACCCUGCAGUUGGCGAACAACACAGGGAAGGAGAUAGAGCAACAAGGACUAGAGAUGCAAUUAUCUGCUAAGCAGAUGGAGAUCGAAAUACUGCUCAUGAUGUCCAAGCACCAUGAGUCUCCCCCUCCAUUAGGCCGCCUCGCCGCCUACACCCUGGCUCUAGGCACUCUGUGCAAGGACCCUCGCUCGUUCCACGGACGGGACCUGGUCGCCGCUCUGCUUCAUCGGGAACCCCCUCAUGACCUGGAGUUUGCGUACGCGACCCUCGCGGCGUGCUCCUCCGCGGCCCACGUGCGACGUCGUCACAUCCGACGGCUGCUGGAUAUUGCAAAUGCCGCUGCUGACCAUAGCUUGGACACCAUCUCCAUGGUGAUCUUGGCCCUGCGCUGCGUGGUGCAGGACCAUAGACACCGAAGCCUCAUCCACUUCGUGCGCCGCCCCAUGGCCGGUCUGGCGCGGCAGCAGCACCCUGAUGGCAGCUUUGGCAGUCUCACCACAACUGCCCUUGCUAUUCAAGCUCUGGAAGACUCGGACAGCGGUCCCGGCGCGCACCAGCACUGGAGCCUGCCCACCGCCAGAAAGUGGCUGCUCGAGCGACAGAACCCCGACGGCGGGUGGGGCGACGUGGCCAUGACCGCUGCAGCAGUGGCAGCGCUCACUCCCGCCUCUCUAGCCGCUGUACGACCUCCGCAUUGCAGCGACAAAUUGCUUGACAGCCGACAUGAACCUUUAGACAGCAACGGUGGCGACGGUAUUCUCAAACUGGCGUAUCAGUCAGGCCAGACGAGCAACGAGUCUGAUGCCAGGAACGUGUCCUUCACAUACACGCUGUGGCUCGGCACCAACGUCACUGAGAACUUCACACUGCACAUGGUGGCACCGAGGAACGUAUCAUUCUACCGCGUGAUGCAAAUGGCGGCUGAACAGAAUCCGAAGUUCAAGUUCGAGGCGAGCGAGUGGCCCAACGGUCACUAUGUGCACACACUAGCCGGUCACAAGGAAGAGCCGAUGGGUUACCAUUACUGGCUGCUGUACCGCCUGCCCGAGAUACCCGACCCGAUGAGCCCGCCCGGCAACCAGCUCGUCGCCCCAGUCGGCGUGGACGAUCUCUUGGUGGAAGACGGAGAACACUACCUAUUUUGGUAUAAGAAGUUGUAAUUUCAUAUUAAAAACUCCUUAGAAUGAACCACUGUUCUAUAUAUCACGUUUCAUUUAGAUAAAAACAUAUAACCACUUUUGGUUACAAACUUGGAUAUAAGAUUUUAUCGAUUUACCGCCUUUUUCAAUAAGCGACCCCAAUCGCUUUUUUUGGACAGAUCGUGAAAAUUGACCAAACGGAGAAGGGUUUUUUGACAUACAUACUUAUUUUGAUUGGUAAAUUCUUGCGAUGGGAUCAAAGAUUAAGGAUUGGGAUUGAUUAUUGAUAACGGUAGUUAGCAGCAGUUGUCAAGUUCUCUGAAUAUAAAA